AUGUUACAGGUUGGUGAAACACUUCGCACAAGAUGCCGCAACUUCCCAGGAAUCGUGAACAACACCACGAUUGAUUGGUUCUUCCCCUGGCCUGAGCAAGCCCUCUAUGCUGUAAUUGAGGUAUUCAUCAGCCCCGAAAAUCGACUCAUACCAGAGGAGAAUCGGGCCUCUGUUAUGGAGCACAUAGUGAAGGUACACCAGAGUGUUAGUAAGUAUGGUAUCCAAUUUGCUCAGCGCCUACGACGAAUCAAUUAUGUAACGCCGAAGCAUUAUCUGGAUUUUAUCAACACCUAUCUUAAGUAA